AUUCUACGUGUUCCUAUUAAAUGAAGUUAUACAAAUACUUCUGAUUUGCGAAACGUGCAGACUUUUUUUAAAAAUAGGUUUGUUAAACAGGUCAAUUUGUUAUCUGUAGAUUCUACGUCAGACUUCCAGUAUAUCUACUUCUUUCGCAUGAAUCUUGCCAUUUUCACAGUUGUCUUUAUCGAACAAUAACCAUGAGAGUAUUCCUCGUAGCCGUUCUAGUUGCGCUGGCCGUGUACGUAAGCGGAGAACAUUGCGGUGACAACCAUGAUUGUCACCAACACGGGAUUACUCAUUGCGGUGGUAAUACCCAUGUUGUAUGCCACGACCACAUGUGUGAAUGUACCGACGGCGGCGCUGGAGGACAGUCUUGCACAACGCAAGCUGAUUGCAACUGCGGCCAUCACGGACACUGUGUAGAUGGAGAAUGCCAUUGUGCAGGGAACUAGAUUGACUGCAAGUCUUGUAGAAAAUCUACGUAAUAAAAGAGUUGCAAAUUCA